GGGGGGCUUUUUAUAACCCUGGUGAUGAGCAUCGCGGGGAACAGGGAUGGUGUUUAUACUAUAUCAUCUUUUUGUUUUGUGUCAUGGCUGUACUACAUGUUUGUUCGAAAUUUCUUGACGGUUUCUUUAUUUCCUUUUUCUUGUCUGCUUUAGCUAUACUACCUACCUACCUACCUACCUACCUCCCUAUCUACACACCUACUCACCUGUGCUAUGUUUGUCAUUGGUUUUGGGGUGGAAAAUAUCGAUAUCGGGAUCUUUUCUUUCUCUCAGGCGGCGAGAGGUGAGGUUGGUGGAUGUAGAGGAGAGAAUUUAGAGGAGGUCAGACUAGGGGUAUGGUGACA